UGUGUGCAUGGUCUGUCGGUUCAACGAAAAGCAAGCCCCAAGAAACAGGCGCAUAAUACCACAGCCUUAUACAAAAGCACACUGUUCGCGCUCUCGUAGGCAUAUUCUCACGGCCUGUUCGCGUAACUCUGCUGUCACCUGAAAAUCUAUUUAUACACACACUGGAGGACUGAGCGAGAGGAUCACAAUAUUGUCACAGCAGCUCUCGGACAGGAAAGAAUAAACAAUGGAACUUAAAGGUGCCUUCGUACUCCUAGCUCUUUCAUGCCUGGUUGUGAUUGGGUCUAGCAAAGACACACCGACAUUUGAGGAGCUGGUCGACCAAUCAGAACGACGCCUGGUGAAGAGAGACAUCCUGGAAGAUAUCCGCAACGCCUUCAAGUCAGCUGGAGACACCUUCACCAACGUCAUCGACAAGAUCAAGGGCUUUAGCCAGGAUGCCUAUGAACAGUUCGUCAAGUCGCUGCCGUCUCUGGACAAGGAGGACAUGAAGAAGGCCCUGGACAAGAUCAGAGGUUACUAUGACUCGUUGCAGGACAAGACCUCGGCCACUGCCCAGAGGAUGAAGAUGACCAUGGAUGAACUGACGAAAGACAUUGCUGCAAACGGGUCAACUCGAGUUUACCAGUGUUCUCUGGUAGCAUCCAUCUUGAGUGUAAUCCUUGCUGUGUUCAUGUCACUCUAAGGGGGGCGAGUUAUCUGAGGUGCCGGAAGUUGAGCAGAGUUGCGCCCCCUGCUGAAAGGAUCCGGGCGUUACCAACAGUUGUGAACCCAGGUGUACAAACGUCCAAAGCGAUAAACGUCUCAGACCUACGUCACUUUGGGCUUUUUAUACACCGUUACAAAUAUGCAUGAAGUAUUGUAGAAACGUCCGUAAAAUCAUUCAUCUGAGCGCCUCCCUAUUAUCAACAACUGUCUCUCAUUGUUGUCAAUACCCGUGAUUCACACAUUCCCUAAAAUGUCAUACAACCCAUAUGAUAAUCAAGACUGUUUUGUAAGAAAUACAUGAUUCAAAAGCUACGACUAUCAAGAAAGUUCGACUCCAACAUGGAGUUAUGGUAUGUACAUUUUGUAAAUAUAGGUAAAUAGAUAUACUAGCAAUAGAGAGUCUCUCCAAGCCACCGUUACUCAAAGUGAUGGCUUCGCUGCAUCUUCGUAUGUCCACAUCCUUUCCGAAGACCUGGAACAGAGGAGAGCUGCUUUGGUUUUGUGGAACGAGUCCCUGGUAAAUGAACAUUUCCGAUUUAAAUAGUUUUGUAUUUUGUAACUUCUGGUAAUAAACUGUCAUUUAAAACUUAAA